UCAACAGUGUGAGUUAUGGCGUUUACCGUACCUGGUUGGUGUGAAGGAAAACUUGGGGCUAGGGUAUCAACUCGACCUCGAACAGCUGAAGGGGUUCAUCUUCUCGUGACUACAAUGCAGCCAAACACAUUGCCUCUCGAAGGUACGACUGCUAGAUACCACUCAGCAAACCCAACAGGCCAAUUACCCUAUGAAGACACACACUGGGAAACAUCAGGUUUUUCGAGAGACCCUCUGGCACUUACUGAUAAGGAGGCACCGGAAGAGCAUCGUGGCAACUUUCAUAUAAAAGCGCUAAAAAUAUAUCCAGCGAUGCGGGUUCCGCGAUGGACGGAUAUGGACGAUAAACAAUUCGACAUUUUGGAAGGAACAAGAUUUACUGAUCCAACACUUGAAACUGUGCUGAUGAAAGACAAAACGGUCAAAAGAAACAGAGAAAUAGAUAUGGGGGGUCAUUUGACUCAUCAUUGCUUUCUGCCAUCUUGCCAAGGUAUAGUUAUACCACCACAGACCCUGGUUGAAGAGAGACAAGUUGAUGCCAAUAUUGUGGUCUCAAAGGAAAUCAGACAGCAGAAAGUUUCUUCUAAAAAGCAUGGAAAGAGCAGUAAGCUAUCAACACGAGAUUGCAGCCUGGAUGUUUUAACAUGUGUGAAAAGAGAAACAGUCAAUACAAGUGUUACAACACAAACAGCAAGGCCCUCUAGGAGUGGUAGACAAAUGGACGAUGAGAAAACGCAACAGGCACUCUAUGCAGGCUUUGAGCUUUUUGACUACAACAGAGAUGGUUUGAUCUCCAGAACUGAUUUUCUACGUGUUCUUCGUGAAUUUGGAUUUACCAUUGCCAGUGAUGAAUUAGACAACCUUCUGUCAAGAAAUGAUCAAAAAGAUCAAGUGAAAUACAGGGAGUUCUUGUGUAGGUGUUGCACUGAUAUCAAAGCUGUCAAUCUUGCAGCAUAUACUGGACCAAGGCAGUCUGUUUCCUGGAUACCACUGCCACAAGUAAAUACAUACGUCACUCCACUUGUUGACCAACGUGUGCAAGUUGCAAAACCUAGGAAGGAUCACAAGCUGAAAUCACCACGAGUUCUAUUUGAGAUUGAAGCGCUUCUGUGUAAUGUACUCAAGAAAAGAAUCAACAUGUUUACUCAGCAUUUCAAGUACAUGACACAGAAACAGUACGGACGAAUAGACAGACUUCAGUUUGGAAGAGUUUUAAAAUUGUGUAGUGUGUUUCUUUUAGAGUGUGAACUUGACCAAUUGUGGAUAUCUCUACCUACUGAUGAACAGAAUAUGCUCACAUUCGGUGCACUCUUGGAUCACUUUCUUAUCAGCCUAGCAUCGUCUAAGAAAGUUUCAGAACACGAUUCUCAUGCAAAUGGAAUUGUGACAAAGAAAAGUUAUGGCCGAAUGAAUACAACAAUGAAAAACGGAAAGGGUGGUUUUACAUGUGGGACUGACCAGAAUGAGAACCAGAACUCAAAAACUACUACAUUCACACGCACAAGGCUGCACUAUCUGUGUGGAAAAGUAAAAUUGCAGGUACAGAGCCAGCGGGAUUAUCUGAUGACCUAUUUUCAUACUCGAGAUCGCAUGGGACUAUCUCAUAUUGCCAGGACAGAAAUGAAGGUGCUCAUGGACAGGCUCUACUUCAACUUGUCAAGCCAAGAAAAGGAAGAACUUUGUCAGAUGUUUGACUUACUCAACAGAGGAAGAUUUUAUUAUGUGCCAUUUAUGGAGAGUAUAGGUGCAGUGAUGGAAUCACAAGACACAUCUGCAACUGGCUUUCCCUAAGAAGCUGGAGCUCAGAAAAUACUUCAUCUGUGGAGACGGAUUGUCAUCACAUUAAAUCAUGGAUUAUAUGAUUAUUUAGUUGGACUUCAUGCUAGAACAAUCUUUCCAUAUUUCAUAUGUCCUCUCAAAUUAAAAGGUUUGUAGAGGAGCGACAGUGUAUUGUAACUUAACAUGUGCUUUCAGAACUACCUAAUUAAACUGUUGGUCCUUUGACAGCAACUGCUUCAAUCGGAGCAUAUAUGUACAGUUAGUAUGUGGGAACAUAAUAUUUUGGUGUUUUAUUAAAUUCAGUCUUUGACUUUACCUUUUUAAUAAUAGCUUCUAUUUGCUUCUGCUCCAUUGAUCACACUGCAGAGGCUGAUCACAUGACUGGACCUUUCUCUCGUUUUUUUAUCAAAUAAGGACAGGCUUAUUGCAAGCCUCUCAGUGUGCUUUUCAUAUUGUUCAGCAUAAUUUUUUAGGUAUACUACUAAAACUGUGACAGUGUAUUGUGUGACAACUAUAGUUUUACACAUGAAAGUGACUGCAAUGCUCACUCUCUGUAGAACUUUGAUGACAGCAUGGGGAGGAAAACUACUCAAAUGGAAAACGUUUUCGCAUUUUAGGAUGUUUUUUCGAUGACAGGUGCACAUUUAUCUAGGUGUGAUCAAUUGCACUAUUGGGCUUUUGUGGUGCACAAUAGUGCAGUGGUAAAGUGACUGCCUGAAGGCCCGGGUUAGAUCCCCUGUGGAGGCAUCUAGGUUUGGGUCCCGAGGUAGGCACAUUUGCGUCGUAUCCUUGGACAAGAUAAUUAGAUCCACGUUGUCUCAGUUCACCCAGCUGUAAAAUGGGUACCCAUGAGGAUGUUCUGGCAAUGUGAGCGAUUAAUUGAUGGCGCCUAACAGGCAGCAUGGCUGUAUGAUCCCCGGGGAGUUGAAAAAGUAUCAGAUAGUCUGAUAGUAUGAUGUCCUAUUACUGGGGAUAGUAGUGUACGUAGCACCGUGAGCAGGUAAUGUGCCUGGAUAUGAGCGCCAUAUAUAAGCGGACUAUUACUAUUAUUACUGUUUUUAUCAACAUGAAACAAGCAAAACACAUGAAUGGACUGUGCAAUAUGUGACGAUCAGACAGAGGUACUCUUUUUGACACAGGUACUCUGGCUAGGUGAGUGACUGGUUUCAUAUUGCCAAAGCAUACUUUAUAUUGUAAUCUAGGCUAUGAUAAACACUGUCUCCUGAUCUAAUCAAACUGGUAGUGGGUACUUUGUAACUGGUACAUCAGAAAGCACACCAACUGUUUCUCCAAUUUGCAGUGAUUGGGUUCUUGGCUUAGGUAUUUUGGUUUUGGUUUGAGAAUUGAAUACGGCAUUUAGGAAGAUGUGAUAUCAUUGGUGGAAAUUAUAAUUUUUUUGUGAAUUAACUUGACAUGUUAUUAAGUAAAAUGCUACCAUGUAAUAAAAUUUAAGCAUUCAAUACUAAUGUAUAAUACUAUAAUCUAGUAGUUAGCACAGGUCAAGCUAAUAGUCUCAUACGGUAUGUACUGAUCACAUGGUUUAAUUUUUUUUUUUAGGUACACCCAGAGGAAUAUAUGGGGACGGGGUAGCUUUUCAAUCUACAUUAAGAAUCUUUAUGUGUGGAAAGGAUAUGGCAAAUAUUUACAAACUGGGCCCAAUUCCUCUUCAAAAGGCAGCAAGGGUAUAUUUUCAGUACAAUGUUUCAUAACUUAUUUCAAAUCUUUUUUGUGAAAUGGGACAGACAGUAGACUUGAAUUGAGGGGUCACUAAUUUUGAUCAAUUAUUCAGAGGCAAUUUAGUGUAAUGUUGCUAAAAUCUUGUGGGGAAAAGUAAUGAAUAGUCAAAGUAUGUAUGGUCAAAAUGUUGUUUUAAGGCUUGAACAUAUGUUAACAAAAAGUGAGAUGUCACUCUGUAUAUGGAGAGUCAUAUGGAGAUACUCUCUUAGACAUGAAAUGACAACUGAUGACAUAUAAAAUAUAAUUCAAUUUGUUUUUGAAGCAAAAUCAAAUUAAAGGAGAGAACAAUUCAGCAUUAUAAGAGGUUCAAUCAUAUCAAAAGAUUUCCCAUAUGAAACAGCACAUGAUUAGAAAACCCUCUUAGGGCAGACUGACAACAACAAAAUCAUAUAUCAUGGGCUCUCACAUAUAGCAACACAUCUCGCCAAGAUAACAGCCAUUUCACUCAUUGUGGAAUUGUUCAUACAAUCAAUAUCAUCAUUUAUAACCAUAUUAAUUCAUUUUACUUUUUGUGAUGACUGUUUGUGAAACCCACACCCAUCCAAAGAACAAACAGUUUGUCAGGUUACGGAAUUCCUCAUAUUUCAUCACAUUAUAUAUCCCCUGUCACACCCUUUGUCACAUUAUGUUUCUGGAGCCUAAAUGGGUUCUUUUUGAUAUUUAGUGUAUACAUUUGUUCUGUAAUUUUGCUUUUCACGAAUUUCUUUCUUAUUCAUACCUUAGCAUUUCUGAGGCAGCAAGUUGACCCUCCGCGGGGAAGCAAUAUUCCAGCUAUAUGGCGGCAGUCUGUAAAUAAUCGAGUCUGGACCAGACAAUCCAGUGAUCAACAGCAUGGGCAUCGAUCUGCGCAAUUGGGAACCGAUGACAUGUGUCAACCAAGCCAGCGAGCCUGGCCACCCGAUCCUGUUAGUCGCCUCUUACAGCAAGCAUGGGUUACUGAAGGUUCAUUCUAACCCGGACCUUCACGGGAUGUUGUUCAAGGGAAACUAAAUGCCAUGUUUUGGGUAUCAUCCUUCUCUCCUUUAAUUUGUUGAACAUGUAUUCAACUUAAAUUGGGUUUACUUGGAACCACUAAAGAUGCAGGUAUGCAUACAUCAUAAUCGAAUUAGUAUGUUAAAAAAAUCAUUAUUCAUUUAAAGAACAUAACCAAGGAACUGUUUCUUAUAUAUUAGACAAACUUUGUAUUCUCGCAUGUAUUUUACUGGACCUUUGAAUGCUCACUCUUAUGUAAUUGUGACUCUGCCACCUACUCCUUUCUGUUGCCAACUCGUUUUGUACUGACUGGUUAGAAAUAAAAUCUAUCUUACGAAAAAGAA